AUGGGAAACGAAGAACAACAACUCAACCAUCACCACCACCACCACUACAACAACAACAACAACAACAACAACAACAACAACAACCAACACCAGCACCAGAAUCAACAGCAACAACAAACAGCUAUGGAAGCCAUCCCACUCAAAUCAUCCUCAUCAUCUCCCAUCGACUGUAAAUUCCAACCAGCACCAGAACCAUCAACAUCCUCCUCAAAAAACAAUCUCAAAUCACAAAACAACAACAACAACAACAACAACAACAACAACAACAACAACAAUCAUCACAGUAACGGACCAUCCGAAUUCGUCAAAAAACUAUACAAGAUGCUAGAAGAACCAGAGUCAGAAUCAGUCGUCGGAUGGGGAGCACAACGAACCACCCUGGUGAUCAAGGACCAGAUCUUGUUCCAAAGAGACAUCCUCCCCAAACACUUCAAACACUCUAACUUUGCUAGCUUCGUCAGACAGCUCAACAAGUACGAUUUCAGAAAGAUCAAGGUCUCCUCCUCCUCCUCCUCAUCAGCAGCAGCAGCAGCAGCAGCAAUCAACAAUCAGAACACUCCUGCUGGUACUAAUCCAGAUCAGCAGAGCAAUCCUCUCAAUCAGAAUAAUAAUCAGAAUCCUACUGGCUCAUUGCAGUGGGAAUUCUACCAUCCAUACUUCCGAGCGGACACGCUAUCUGAGCUAGAUCACAUCAAACGCAAGGUUCCAGCCGCCCGUCAGAAGCCAGCCGAGAACACAUGCACAUCUCAUCAGACCGAGUGUCAGUCUACUAGCUGUAACGGUGAGCGAACAGAAGAUAUCGUCAAUCGACUCAUGAAUCACCAGAUCGAGACUACCUCUGCUUUAAACCAACUCACCAAGGAAUGUCAAAGUUUACGAGAGAAACUCGACCAGGCUCAUAAUCGAUUAGACCUCCAACAACGUCAGAUAGAUCUCUUAACCGAUCCUAACCCUCGUCAUCAAGCCUCUCAAUCCUACUUGGAAUUAACUUCACAAUCUCUUCAAAACUCGCUCACUGCACCAACUUUGAAUAAAAUAGUCGAUCAAAGUAUUGAGACAGCAGAAGAAAGUAGUAAUAAUCAACAAUCCAACAAGCCGAUCGACCAAAUCACCACCUCUCUAAUCAUGACCCCCACCCAAUACUUUACCACCAAUCUCAAUUCGAUGAUGGCUCCGAUGCCGAGAGCACCUACGAAGAGCAACGGAGGAUGGCCGGGACAGCAACCUCGAGUGUUGAUCGUGGAGGAUGAUCAGAUCUGUCGCAGGAUCUCCUCGACUAUCUUGGAGCUGAUGGGCUGUAGGAUCGAGUUUGCCUGCGAUGGCUUGAAUGCAGUCUCCAGGAUGAAAACUCAAAUCGACGCUAAUGACCCCUUCGAUCUCGUCCUCAUGGACAUCUUUAUGCCCAACAUGGAUGGUCUGUCAGCUACUAGUCUGAUUCGUAAAUUCGACUUGAAAACUCCCAUAAUCUCAAUGACUUCAAAUUUUCAACCCGUCGACGUGCUCAAAUAUAUUAACAUCGGUAUGAAUGAUUGUCUACCCAAACCGUUUACUAAGGAAGGCAUGAUCAUCAUGUUACAAAAACAUCUUUUUCAUACAUCAAAAGGUAUCAAUCUGAUUACUGAAACCAAUGAGUCUGAUUCGGUGUCGAUCAACCUGGAAUCUCACCCCACCCAACAAGCAUCCAGAUCGCCACCGGGCUCACCUCGACGAAGCCAACUGACCACCCAGCAAUCCUUGUCCUCUUCCUCCUCGACCACCACUACCACCGCCAACCCUUCCUCCAAUCUCCCAUAUCUUACCGACAUGAACCGAAACCCUAAACGACCUUGUUACUCUCAAGACCAGAUCGAUUUCAUCAAUAACAACCAUCAGAAUAAUCAGAAUCAUAACCAUCCCCAUUCGCAUCCUCAUCAUCAUCAGAACGAGCCCGAUGAUCAUCAUCAUCCGCUCGACCCUAAUCGCUUCAACUUCAACCUCAUCGAUCACUUCCAUGGCCAUUCGGUCCCGCUCCCAGAGCAUCCCUCUCAAACGCCCCAAAACCCCCACAAACGCUUCAAAGUUUAACUGUCUCUCUGUCUCUCUCCCUCUCCUUCUUUUUCUUCUUCUUCUGACGUCGGGAGGGGGGGGGGACACUGGGGGUCUUUUAUUCAUUUAUACCACUAUCCAUUCUUUCAUUCUUUAUUUCGCUUUUUUUGGGCGGGGGGGGGCGGGGAGGCAGGAGAAAGAAGGGUGUGGGAAGGGAAAGGGUAUCUGUUCUUUAUAUAGCUGUCUACAACACUGGUUGCAACUCCUCGUCAUCGUCACCAUCUCGAUGGUCUUUUUUUCUUCUUCCACGCAGAGUGUCAUGAUUUGGGUACGGCAAGCUAUUGAUUACACACACACAUAUAUAUUUUCUUUUGCAUAUACGUUAUUCCUUCUUAACACACACACAUACACUUAUAUAUUUUUAUCUCUUACUUUGCACCUGUGUUCAGGGUUUGAUACGUUCUUUCUCGAUGUACUCUUCUCUGUCUCUCAACCUUAACGCAUCUUACGCACACACACACUAUCUCUCUCUCUCUCUCACUCCCCCAUUCCUUUUGAUUUUUUUUUCUGUUGUAGAUAUGUGUAUACAUAUGAUUAGUAGAAGUAGAAGUAGUAGUAGUAGUCAAGUAGUAGCAGUAUUUUAUCCUUUUUUUAUCUCUUUUUGUGUGGCUUUUGGUGUAGACAUAGAUUUGUGGGAUGGUAGAGGGGUUGCUGGGAGGGGCAAGAGCUGGG